AUGUCUCCACGUACAGUGAUCAGCGUGCUUGUGGUUUGUUUCUGUCUGGCCUCCACAGAAGGACGAGCAUUCAAAAAUGAGAAAGCCAGGUUCAAGAGACAAGCUGGAGGCAGAUGUCAUGGGGGCUUGCUUCAAGAUGUCUUUGGAGCGAUAAAUAUUGGCUUUGGUCAGUACGAAAACAACGAAGACUGCUGCUUUGAGAUGCGCCCUUUCUUCGGUGGUUCUUUCACGGUCAAACUGGAGUUUAAUGUCUUUGAUAUCGAGAAUGGUCCUCGCUGCAGUUAUGACUCCAUUACCUACAGAACAAGCAAUGGUAAUACCGAGAUCGACUGUGGCACAAAGAAUCCUGGAUACACAAGAUUUUUCAACAGUACGGACAGCUUCCAACUGUGUUUCCAUAGUGACAGCUCUGUAGUUCGCCGUGGCAUCAAUGUCUACUAUGAUAUAUAUCCAGGCGCGCCUUCAGUGAACUUCACUACCGCUUACCCGUCCUAUAACGCGACAACAUCGCCAACACUGAACUUCACUCUACCCUACAACAACGCGACCUUCGCACCAGGAAACACGACCUUCGUUCCAGGCAACACAACCUUCAUUCCAGGCAACACGACCUUCGCAUCAGGCAACACGACCUUCUCACCAGGCAACACGACCUUCGUUCAAGGCAACGCGACCUUUGUUCCAGGCAACACAACCUUCAUUCCAGGCAACACGACCUUCGCCCCAGGCAACACCACCUUCAUUCCAGGCAACACAACCUUCGCACCAGGCAACACGACCUUCGUCCAAGGUAACACAACCUUCGUUCCAGGCAACACAACCUUCGUACCAGGUAACACAACCUUCGUACCAGGCAACACGACCUUCAUUCCAGGCAACACUACCGUCCCCCCAGGCAACACAACCUUCAUUCCAGGCAACACAACCUUCGCACCAGGCAACACAACUUUCGUACCAGGCAACACAACCUUCAUUCCAGGCAACACUACCGUCUCCCCAGGCAACACGACCUUCAUUCCAGGCAAUACAACUGUCGCCCCAGGCAACACAACCUUCGUACCAGGCAACACGACCUUCGUACCUGGCAACACGACCAUAGCACCUUCCAAUGAAACGGGUCCUUACAGCACCAUGAAAAUCUGCAACUACGAUACUACUGUUCUUGAAGGCACAAUAGAACUGGCAACUUCUAGAAAUGGUUUCUAUGCUAACAACGACGACUGUCGCAUCAAUCUCCGUUCACCUGCUUUACCCCACGUCACCACGAUCACCUUCAACCGCUUUGAUGUUGAAUAUGCUAGAAACUGUCGUUAUGACAGCCUCUCUGUGAGUCUUGGUAACAACAUCGUCGACAGACUAUGUGGAAACAACAGAAGUACCUUCGUGAAAAGAUACACAAGCGCCGAGCCACUCCUCGCCCUGACUUUCACCAGUGAUUACAGUGUCACCGGUCUUGGCUUCGCCUUCCAUUACAAGACUGAAAUAGUGGCAUAGACAGGCUGACCGACACAUCAAGACCUUGCUGACAACUAUGCGAGUAAAUAAACUCAGUGUACUCUGUA